AAUCACUUAGUUGUGUCACUGAGAAAAGAGGUCGAUUUUUGUCGCUUCGGUGUCUUCUGCGAAUAUCACAGAAGGAAUUGCUUCCUUUUCUUGCGAUGGGACCUUUUUGAAGUCUGUAGUUGGAGAAUUUCUGCACGGUAACCCCAGCUCACUGGAGACAAAUUAAUAGCGCAAGCAUUAAGCAACCGUCACGCAAACUUGUAAGGAAGCGCAGAUUUCCAUUCUUGUGUCGCAAUAAAUUGUUAACUAAAGAAGAUAUUGAACAAUUGCUGAGGAUCAUGACCCCAAACACUACAAUCGGUUGCAGGCUGUUAUUAUAAUCUUAAAAGCGUUUUAUGACAGAAAAUUUGGUUUAAGAAUUUUGAAGAGGAUCAACAUAUAUCAUCGAUGACCCUAAUUAAAUCCCCACACAAUAGGUUUAUGAUGGGCCGGAGAAUUAUGUGACGGGUGACGGGACUGAGUAGGCCAGCAGACGACUGCUAUGGAUGAACGGGAGAGAGAGAUCGUCCGGAGGAACCACCGUCUGCUUGUCCAGAACAUCAUUCUGACAGACGAGUUCUUUGAUUGUUUGAGGAAUUAUCAUGUUCUGCCUGAAACGAUGAUCAAAGACGUCAAGAACGAGUCGACGAGAGAAAAUAGAAAUUCUAAAUUGCUAGAGCUAUUGGUUCUGAGGGGAUGUGAUUCAUUCCGGAAGUUGCGUCACGUUCUACAUUUGACGGGUCAUUGUCUAUUAGCAGACCACCUAUAUGAAGAAGAAGCCGACAUCAAAGUUCUCAAGCCAGAAGAUGUGUUUGGAAAAUAUCCUUCCAUGUUCAAUAAAGUUCCAGACGAAACGAAGAUAAAAUUCAUUAAAACAAUUGAAUCGAAGGUGAAGGAGAAAUCGCUGUUGAACACGUGGGUACGACACUCGGAGGAAAGAACAGAACUUCUGGAGACUCGAAGGGCUAGCUUUGAGACCGAGAAGAUUUUACGUUUUAAACUUGAAAACAAACGAAAACAGGUUCGUCAAAUUGCCGAUGAGGUUAAGAAGUUAAACGAAGAGCUGCGAAGACGAGAAAUCGAGGUUGACAUGAUGAACAGAGAGGAAAUCCAAAGAAAGAAAGCCUAUAAAGACGAACUCUUUGUUCAAGCUAAAUUCAAUGCAGCCAAUAGCAAUUCACUUAUCAAACUGAAAGACCGUUUUUCAAACUUCAAUGCAAAAAUUAGGUCGAUUAAUUUGAUGCUGAAGGGAUUUUUGGGAGAAUGUGAUAAUCCUUCCGUUGAGGAGGUCGAUAAUGUUAAACUGACGGUUCUUGAAAGAAACGUAAAACUAGUCAUAGAAAGGGUUCGUGAGAACAAGGAGACAGUAAAAGAAGUGGAUGAUGAAAGGGAGAAUAUCCUCCAACUGCUGAAAACAACCCCCAAGAGAAAGGAACCUUUGUUGAGUACAAUUCGCAGAUAUUUAUCGAAGGAAGACAAGGAUAAGGCGGGUCUGUUCAAAGAGCUCGAGAGACUGAGGGCAGCUGUAAGAGGAUCUUCAAAGUUCCAAUCAUCUACCCCAGUGACAGACCUAAAACUGCUGCGCAAUAUGGCAGCCACAGUUCGCGCGGAAAUUGAACACUUGCAGAAGAAGUUACACUGGAAAGACAGUCAGAUCUCCGAGUUAAUAGACGAAAAUACAUCUUUGAAGCAAAAAUCUCCGAGCUUGUCCGAGACGCCUGUUCUUCAAACAAGUUCAAAGUCAGAGUCCUCUCUAUCAUCGCCAGAGUCCACCUAUGAAAUGGAUGAAGCUUACGAGAACAUAGACGACUACCUGCCAACAAAUGAGAGAGAAUUCAGUCCUCAUCUUGCCAUUACCACAGGUAGGGAGACUAACGAUGGCAUCGCUGAAGACCAGCAGAAAACGUUUGAAGACGGAAGUGAUGUCAGAGCCACGGAUUUCUCUGACGACAUCGCUUCAAAGAAUUAUACAAGCGACAUUCAGACGGCAGGUGUGUCAACACCAACCACAAGUAGUAGGCACUCAAAAGAUGCAUACUUUGAAGAACACCUGGCUUUUCAGAGAACGCCACAACGUGUAGUCCGUCUCGAUGUCGAACAUGAUAGAAAUUCCACGAACUCGUUGAUCUUGCCAGACAUCAUGGAGUCGGACAUGAAGAGACAUGGACUGUUGAGGUCAUCUGCAGAUCUUACCAAAAUUCUCGAGAAUAGCAAUGACAAUGACGAGCUAGAGAAAUUAACGACACUUCUAGCAAAUCGAACGCAAUUCGGGAAAUUACCAUCUAUAUUUCAAACGGUUAAUUACCUUCCAGAAUAGAGAUUUUUGGGAAUGGUGCAUGUAUCUCGAUUUCAAAUGAGAUUGGGUGUUUAUAAAGAAUCGUAUAUCUAUGUCAAUAUGCACCCACAUGAACUGUUUAAAGUUAGAUAACGAUUGCACUUCUACAUAUUCACACUCGCCACUCUAAUCAAUGAAUUAGAAAAAAAAGCAUCAGUCAGUUGCUGCCUCUCUAAGUCCAUUUGAGUCAGUUGCCACUAUAGACACCAAAUACAUUUCAAUUUUAAAUUUUUUGAUAAAAGAACACUCCAAAGAAAAUGACCCCUCACUGCAAACGCAGCAUUGCACCGUUCAGACUCUGAAUAGACAGCUAUCAUCGCGAAAAUUUCAAUGUUGGACAAAUUAUCAGCAGUGUCAUAUUCAAAAUGUAUGGAGGUGAAAACUUUCAAUGGUGCAUAGCAUAUUGCAUCCACAUUCCAUAAUUAUAAAGGGUUUUUUGUAGGGAAGGGUGUGGAUAUUCAUCUCAUUGUGCUGGGUUAUAUUGAAUAAACUAUAUUAGCUAAAUCCAACAGUGUCAUACGCCGUAUUAGAUUCCUUCCGGUUGCUGCACGGAUUUUGUGAUAUGGGCAAAGGCUAAUUUUCAACGGCAGUAAACAAGUUCAGUAUGAUCUAUAAUUCUAUCUGAUUUUUACAUAUUCCAUUUCAUCGCACAAUGUUUAAGUAUCCUCGUUAUCGCCACCUCUUUAUCGAUGGAAGAAUCAUAUUGAAUGAAAACCAUAUAAUUAUAUCAAUUUUAAAAGUAUACCAUCAAUAUUUGCUUACAUUACCUAAAAUCUUGCAACAAUUACAGUUUCCAAUACAACCAUUUAUUGUACUUUUGACAUAAUUUCUUUUGUUUAUAUGGAAACAAUGGUCAAGUAAAUAAGGGAGAAAAUGCAACGGAUCAGACUGGGAUUCGAACCAGGGUCCUCCAAAAUCUCUAGUCAGCUGCUCUACCGAGCUAUUUGGCCUUCAGCGUUAGAACACGUCUGACCGUCAUUCCUUCUUAAGUCUUCACACAUUGAAGACAUCAACCCCAGACCUUUAUCCCAUGGCAGGCAUCUUCACCUGUCAGUUCCAGGGACUGGUCAACGGCACCAAAUGUAAUAGGAAGAAAAUGCAAUGGAGCAGACCGAGAUUUGAACCUGGGUCUCCUGAAUCUCUAGUCAGAUACUCUACUAACUUGAGCUAUUUGGCCACCAGCGAUCGAACCCGUCUGAUCGCCACACAAUAAUUAUUCAUUGAAGAGAAGUAUAGCACUUCUACAAAAUUAGAUCAAAGGGUAAUCUUUUUUUCUAUCGCCCUUGAUAUUUUUCGACUCAAGAUUUAUUUCCCUUAAAGAGGUUCGCUCCUGAGUUUUGUGGUAUAUUGUCAAUUUUUUGGGAAGUGUGCUUGAUAUUGAGCUACAGUGUUAAACUUGACCUUUUUGCACUUAAAAUUUACUAAACUAGAUAAAUUGUCUGUUGGUGUCAACACAACAUAAACAAGCAUUGCAUGAAAUAAAUAGCACUUACAAAAUACGUAUGAAAAAGUUUAAGACUGGAGACAAAUAAUGAAGCUUUUACAGUUACUAUACGAAAAAAAAAAAUCAUAUGGAAUUUGAAAGUUCAAAGGCAUUCAUACAUGUUUUUUAAUGCUCUGUUUACAAAAAGAUAUUAACCAAAUCAAUGAAUUUACAUUUGAAUUAGUUCAAGGUCUCUACUACUCGUAUCAUACACUACAAAAUUGAAAUCCACGCCUAGGAGUGAUUAUUGACAAUAUAAUGGAUAAAACAAAAACUGUCAAAUCAUGUAAAUUUAGAUCUUUUAAUUAAAGAAUCUUCACUAGGGUACACAUUGUCUUAUUAGCAUCUC